AUGUCGUGGAAGCUCACCAAGAAACUCAAGGAGACACAUCUCUCCACGCCGUCUCCGAGCUCAACGGCUUCACGAUCUUCAUCAACAUCUACAAUUACUCCGGCAUCCCUUAAAACAUCCCCAACACCCUCUUCUAUUGACACUGCAAUGACAGGAAGCACACAUGUCACCUCAACGGUUAAGCCGGGCUUGCUUGUUUUCACACUUUACGAGGCCAAGGGCCUGACGCUGCCCAACAUCCCAACCACACAGACCGGUCUUCUCUCCGGCUCGGUUGGCUCGUUCAAUUCAAUGCGCCCCGCAUCAUCACAGGCGCGAAUGGCGAGCUAUGUCACUCCCGGCUCCCGACCGGGCACCUCGUCAUCUCGGCCGGGCACUGGCUAUAGCCAUGGUGGCGGAAUCCAUCCCCGAUACCUUCCCUAUUGUGUUGUAGAAUUCGACAAGUGCGAGGUUUUCUUGACAGCCUCUCCAAAAUCGCCUGCUCCAAAUGCUCCAGUUUAUGACUCGCCUGCAAACCAAUACAAAUUCGACGUGUCUAGAGAGACUGAUCUAACAGUGCAGCUUUAUUUGAGAAACCCAUCGAGUACUGGAAACCAUAGGGAGAACGAUUUUUUUUUGGGAAGCUGUAAAGUACAACCCCGCUUUGAGGAAGUGACUGCCCAGCAGACAACCCCGCCCAAAUCCAAAUCUUCCACCCUACCGACCCCCCAACCUGGUCACGCCGGUAUCGACUGGGUGACCCUGGGAUUUGGCAGCGGAAGCGUUCGUAUCGGGUUGGACUAUGUUGCAAACCCCAGCAAACCUCUUACUAUUGAAGAUUUUGACUUGCUCAAGGUUGUUGGAAAGGGGAGUUUCGGGAAAGUCAUGCAGGUCAGAAAGAAGGAUACAUCCCGUAUAUAUGCCCUUAAAACCAUCCGAAAGGCCCACAUAAUAAGCAGAGCUGAGGUGACACACACUCUCGCUGAGAGAACUGUUCUCGCUCAAAUCGACAACCCUUUCAUCGUUCCGUUGAAGUUCUCCUUUCAGUCGCCGGAGAAACUUUAUUUAGUGUUGGCAUUUGUUAACGGCGGAGAGCUGUUCCACCAUCUCCAGCGUGAAGGCCGAUUUGAUAUCAACCGCUCGAGGUUUUACACCGCAGAGCUUCUCUGUGCACUGGAAUGUUUGCAUGGAUUUAAUGUUAUCUACAGAGAUCUUAAGCCCGAAAAUAUCUUGCUUGAUUAUACCGGCCAUAUCGCGUUGUGUGAUUUCGGUUUGUGUAAACUCAACAUGAAGGAGGAUGAUAAGACCAACACUUUCUGUGGUACCCCCGAAUACAUUGCGCCAGAACUUCUUUUAUCCCAAGGAUACACUAAAACGGUUGAUUGGUGGACACUUGGUGUACUGCUAUAUGAGAUGUUGACGGGAUUACCACCAUUCUACGAUGAAAAUACCAAUGAAAUGUACCGUAAAAUCCUUACGGACCCAUUGCUAUUUCAUGGACCGGAGAUUGUGCCCCAGGACGCGAGAGACCUCUUGGAAAAACUACUGAACAGGGAUCCGACUAAAAGGUUGGGCGCAAACGGGGCUUCGGAGAUCAAGAACCACAAGUUUUUUGACAGUGUAGAUUGGAAGAGGCUUGUUCAGAAGAAGAUACAGCCUACCUUUAAACCAGCCGUUGAAAAUGCGCUCGACACUACCAAUUUUUCACCAGAAUUUACCGGCGAAGCCCCAGCAGACAGCGUCAUAGAGGGGGAUGCUCGUUUGUCUGAAAGCGAUCAAAUUCAGUUCGAAGGUUGGAGUUAUCACGGAAGUCGCCUACAGGGGACAGGGGAGGGAAAUAUGAGCGUUAAAGAUCCUUAUCUCGGUAAUGGUAGCAUACAGAAUUAG